CUAACCUAACAAACGUAUAGGUUAUCUAAAAAAGAAAAAAAGCUGUGAAUAUACUUUUUAUAACUGUAAAAUAGUUAUAUUAAUAGUGAAAAAGUUAACUAAAUAGAAAAGUGUCUAAAUGAAACAUGAAUUUGAACUAUGUGUUAAGAAAUCUUUGCAAAAAUACAACAAACUUGAGGUAUCAUUCUACAAGGAAUAUAAUGCGUCUUCACGAAAGAGGAAUGUUUCAAGAUUUAUUCCCAGAUAAUUCUGUAAAUGAAAUUAUUGACUUACUAAACGUAGCCCCCCAGUGUGUUUAUGCAGGUUUUGACCCAACAGCUGAUAGUCUUCAUGUUGGGAACCUUUUAGUGCUCAUUAAUUUAUUACAUUGGCAUAGAGGGGGGCACACCACCAUAGCACUGGUUGGUGGUGCAACUGCAAGAAUUGGUGACCCCAGUGGUAGAUCAACAGAACGAGAUGAGUUAUCACCUAUUGACAUUACUAAUAAUAUAGAAGGAAUUAAAUCAGAUAUUAUACGGAUAUUUGAAAAUCACAAUAAAUAUUUUUCUGAUAAUACAGAAAAUAAAAUUCCACUUAUUAUAAACAAUGAAAGUUGGUACAAUAAAUUACCAGUGGUUCAAUUUAUUGGUGGUGUCGGGAGGCACUUGAGGAUGGGCACAAUGUUAUCAAGGAGUAGUGUAAAAACACGCUUAAAUUCUCCAGCUGGAAUGAGCCUUACAGAAUUUAGCUAUCAGGCAUUUCAAGCAUAUGAUUGGCUGCAUUUGUUUAAAACACAUAACUGUAGGUUUCAGAUUGGAGGCAGUGACCAAAUGGGUAACAUGAUGUCUGGCUUUGAUUUAAUUAGUAAAAUCUAUCAAAAAAGAGUGUAUGGUCUGACACUACCUUUAAUCACAUCAGAAAUGGGAGAUAAGUUCGGUAAAAGUGCAGGGAAUGCAGUUUGGCUCUCCCCCAAUAAAACAUCACCGUUUACGUUUUAUCAGUUCUGGGUUCGAAUGUCUGAUGCAGACGCUGAAAAAAUGUUGAAACUUUUCACAUUUGAUUCGCUGAACUCAAUUAAAGAUCUCGUACAGAGGCACAAGCAAAAGCCAGAAGAAAGAUUAGCACAGAAGAAGCUCGCUGAAUAUUUAACAACCCUGGUACAUGGAGCAGAAGGCCUACAAAAGGCUCAUUUGGCCACACAAGCGCUGUAUAAAGGAAGUACAAAUGCUAUUAAUAGCUUGAGUGUCGAUGAAAUUAAGAGCCUGUUUGAGGGGGCCACUGUCGUAGAAAUAAUGCCUGAACCAGGACAGGACGUUCUUAAUGUUGCUAUGGAAGCAGGAUGCUUUCCUACCAAAAGUAAGCGUUUAAAAUAAGCUUAACAAAUAUUAAUUUUUCAAGAUGGAGGUAUUUUUAUUAAGAAAAAGUUACAAAAUCAUUAUAUAAAAAUGAUAAGGGCUCCUUAUUUAU